CGCCACACGCACACACGCGCGGCGCCCUCGCACGGACAGCUGCGCCGGGGUUAUGAGACCGUCACCGCGCAGGAGAGGCUGAGCGACGGAGAGGCUCACCAUGACCAAGUCGUACAGCGAGAGCGGGCUGAUGGGCGAGUCCCAGCCGCAGGGCCCCCCGAGCUGGACGGACGAGUGCCUCAGCUCCCAGGACGAGGAGCACGAGGCGGACAAGAAGGAGGAGGACCUGGAGGGUCUGCACGCCGAGGCCGAGGAGGACUCCCUGCGGAACGGAGAGGAGGAGGACGAGGAGGACGACUUGGACGAAGAGGAGGAGGAAGAGGAGGAGGAGGAAGACGACGACCAGAAGCCCAAGAGGCGGGGCCCCAAGAAGAAGAAGAUGACCAAGGCGCGCAUGGAGCGCUUCAAGCUGCGGCGCAUGAAGGCCAACGCCCGGGAGCGCAACCGCAUGCACGGGCUGAACGCGGCCCUGGACAACCUGCGCAAGGUGGUGCCCUGCUACUCCAAGACGCAGAAGCUCUCCAAGAUCGAGACCCUGCGCCUGGCCAAGAACUACAUCUGGGCGCUCUCCGAGAUCCUCCGCUCGGGCAAGAGCCCGGACCUGGUGUCCUUCGUGCAGACCCUCUGCAAGGGCCUGUCGCAGCCCACCACCAACCUGGUGGCCGGCUGCCUGCAGCUCAACCCGCGGACUUUCCUCCCCGAGCAGAGCCAGGAGGUGCCUCCGCACGUGGCGGCGGCGGCGGCGGGCGCGCCCUUCCCGGCGCAUCCCUACCCCUACCAGUCUCCGGGCCUGCCCAGCCCGCCCUACGGCACCAUGGACAGCUCCCACCUCUUCCACCUCAAGCCGCCGCACGCCUACGGCGCCGCGCUGGAGCCCUUCUUCGAGAGCGGGCUGGCGGAGGGCGCCAGCCCCGCCUUCGACGGGCCGCUCAGCCCGCCCCUCAGCGUGAACGGCAACUUCUCCUUCAAGCACGAGCCGGCCGCCGACUUCGACAAGAGCUACGCCUUCUCCAUGCACUACCCCGCCGCCGCCGCCGCCGCGCUGGCCGCCGCGCCCGCCCACGCCGCCAUCUUCCCGCCCGCCGCCUCCCGCUGCGAGAUCCCGGUGGACGGGCUGGCGCCCUACGAGGGCCACCCGCACCACGAGCGCGUCCUCAGCGCCCAGCUCAACGCCAUCUUCCACGACUGAGCCCCCCGCCCGGGCCGCAGGCAGCGCCGGGAGCCGCGCCCGCCGCCCGCCACCGCC